AAGCCGCCUUCGGUUAGUUUUUGAAGGCGGCAAAUAACCGCAAUUCCGUGGAGUUACAGUGCCCACUCAGCUAGUUUUUACCGAGCCACGACAUGCAAUAAGCACCGAAAUGGUAAGUUAAUCGUGAUAUUUUACUGUAGUUGCGCUCGUGGAAUGAAAGAGACAAGAAUUUACACAGUCACUGAAUUUUAUUUUAUUUCACCACUUUCAGCUGGCACCCGGAGCAAAUAGGAUCAUCAUGGCAGACAACGUGCAUAGUGGGGAAUCCGAAAUAAAGCCUCGCAGCUAUCAGCUGCGUCUCGUGGAUCAUAUUAUGAAGAACAAUGGGAUAAUCUACUUGCCGACCGGAUCUGGCAAGACAUACGUGGCCAUCCUGUGCCGCAGUUUAUGGUGGGCCGCAACUCAGUUUCAGCGGAUUGUGAGAGCGUCCUGGAGCGCAAGUGGCAAAAGUCGGCCAUUCAUCAAUUUAGGGAUGGCGAAGCCAACCUGAGCGUUCUAGAGGAAGGCAUCGAUGUAAAGGCCUGCCAUUACGUGUUGAUCCUGGAUCCAUUAAAGACAUUUAACAUGUACGUGCAGACGAAGGGGCGGGCUCGAUCCAAGGAGGCCCAGUUUGUGCUUUUUUCCUCAGAGCUUGACCGCAUAAAAACCAACCAACAAAUCAAUCAAUAUCGCCAAGCCCAUAACGACAUCGGAGAGUAUUUAAAGGAUCGCGUCCUGGAUCGGGCCGAACCCCUGAUGCAGGAGAUAGCCGAUCACUUCCACGAAUUGAUCCCACCAUUUAUAAACGAAAAAGGUGCCGUGCUGCUGCCUAGCAGUGCCCUGAUGCUGCUCCACCGCUACUGCCAGAGCCUGCCCUCGGAUGCAUUCGGCUUUGUGGAGCCCUGGAUCACACUAAUCAGUUGGGACCAGAAGCGGGAACUCUUUGGCACACAGGCCGCAAGCAAAGAAGUCGUCUCUAUCGAACUUCCACUCAGCUCGUCCGUGCGGGAUAAAAUUUAUAGCGAUCCCAUGACUUCCGUUAAGGCGGCAAAAAUAUCGGCAGCCUUUAAGACCUGCAUUAAACUGUACUCCACGGGGGAGCUCAACGAGCGUUUCCUACCCGUCACGCUUAAGGACCGGGUGACGGCGAUAGCCGACUUUCACUUUGAUCACUGGAAGAAAUACAGCGACGAUGUUAUCGAUACGGUAAACAAGCAGAAACUCAAGCCGGAGACACAAACUACCUUCAAGACCUCUUGUCAGACGGAUUCCAUGGAAUGCUGUUCCGCGAUCUGUUGAAGAUCUGUCAUCCCUGCUUUGUACUGGAUCGUCGAGGCAAGGACAACUCCUACCUGAUCGUGCCUCUAGCCGUGGGCGCAGAG